AAGGCUGGGGCAGGCAUUAAGAUUCACCCUGUAUAUGUAUGUGUGUUCCCUGCGAUGUAUACAUGGCACUUGUCAAGCCAAAGUUGAAACAGUCAAAGAGGAACUGAAUCAUGGACGUUGGUCAAUCAAAAGACACGGACGCGCAGUUUAUAUCCUUCCACGAUUUCCCAACGAUAAGUCACGCUGGCAACGCCGACGGACAGCUGGGCACCGGGGCUUCCACCCACGAGCCCUUCCAUAACCUUCCAAAUGAUUCGUUGGGUGUCGGCAUUGUAGAAGAUUUACAAGGAAUCCCCGAUAAAACCGAAGAUACUGCCCAACGCAGCUUCUGGACGAUCGAGUAUUACCAAAAGUUUUUCAACGUCAACACGAGUGACGUGUUGGAGAGGCUCAAGCGAUCGAUGAUACCGCACGGUAGCGACAAUUAUCUUUUAACGCACAUAAGGCCGAAUCCAGACCUGUAUGGGCCCUUCUGGAUAUGCGUGACUCUGGUGUUCUCCAUCGCGAUCAGCGAGAACAUGGCCAACUAUUUGCAGACCGCUAGUUCCACCAAGUACCACUGGAGAUACGACUUCCACGUUGUGUCGUACGCGGCCACUUUUAUAUUUUUAUAUGCGUGGAUUCUACCGUUAGCCCUGUGGGGCGCGUUCAAGUGGACCAACAGUUCGAGGAACACCGAGGAGGAAUUGAUCGAGUCCUACGCCGUCCCGGGACUCUUGGAACUUUUGUGUCUGUACGGAUAUUCCUUGGGCAUUUACAUCCCAGUAGCCUUUCUGUGGGUAAUUCAAAUCGGUUGGUUGCAAUGGAGUCUAGUCAUAUUGGUGACAAGUUUGUCCGGUGGCGUUUUACUGCGAUCAUUGUUACCCGUAAUCGCAGGGAAACAUAGAAUUAUAUAUGUCGCUGUAAUUCUGGGUAUGCAUCUGCUGUUGGCAGCUGGAUUCAUGCUAUAUUUCUUUCACGUGCCAUCUAAGAGCACUGUGUCAACCGUGACUGAAUUGAUAGCAUCCUCUACGCAGGCCAACGUGUUGCAUAAAGUAGCGCAAACGAACAGUUCUGUUGUCGAGCCGACGGCAUCUUGAAGCAUCGAAAUGCGAAUCUGCUAACAAUAGAAUUAUCUCCAAGGCAAUUGGGAAAAUUUGUUUAUUCGUGUGUGUAUGUCGGAUUUCAUUUAAAAUAUUGCCUCCGAUUUAUAUGUAUAUCAAUCAAAAUAUAUACAGCUGAUAUGGCGUUAAUCGUGUAAAAGUAAUAUUUAUACUGUAACUAUGAGAUAAGGUAAGAAUAAAGAAUAUUCCAUACCUUAGGUA